UUAUACCGAGAUGCAGAGUGGCCAUCCUGGAAAUGUUUAUCUCCCUGCUGACGAAGGUCCAUUAUGUGAUGGAAUUUGAGCUUGUCAGAGAUUCACAUGGCCAGAAAGGAACCCAACAGCAUGAAUGGAUCAAUUUCUGUGAGCCUCCUGAGACAGCAGUGGAAAUUCACCCUCUUCUAGAGCAUCAACUUUCUGCAGUGAAUUCAGCGGAGACAAAUGCUCCACAGCAUCACCUGGGACUAUGAUUUGCAGUGUAUCUGGAAGUGCCUUGCUUCUUCUCCUCUCCUCUGGUCACAAAGCUACUGCAAUAGCUCCAAGGCUGACCCAGGCAUCGUGCUGAUAGACUCCUGGAGGAAGCAGCAUCCUACAGCUGAGCAGAUGGUUAUGCCCAACAUGAGUCCAGAGGGGAGGAAUAAAGAGGCAAAGGGGAACCUCAGAGAACAUUUACCUCCCCCUCCCAGAAAACAUGGUCCAGUUGACAGCCAUGCAGUCAUAUCAUCUCACUUGUGACUCUCCAAAUCAUCAAAGCUUGCUAGAGAUUAACAGAAGCCAAUCAGAACGUGAACUUGCCACUUGACACCUGAAGGAUGGAUGGCUCAAAAGAGAAGAUCAUCCUGAAUGUUGGAGGAAUCAGACAUGAGAUGUACUGCAGCACCCUCCGGACCUUCCCAGGAACCAAGCUGUGCAGCCUCACAGAGCCCCAUGCCAGCACACUAUACGAUUAUAACCCUAUCACCAAAGAAUUCUUCUUUGACAGGAGUGCUCAGCUCUUUGGCUAUGUGUUGAGCUAUUACAGGACCAAACACCUCCACUGUCCUGCAGACACCUGCAGAUCAGUCUUAGAGGAAGAGCUGGCUUUCUGGGAGAUAAGUGAUGCACAGCUGGCACCCUGCUGUUGGCUGAAGCUGACCAACAGAGACAGCCAGCCGGAGGAAUUUAAUGUUUGGGAUGAGAACGAACAUGCCGAUGACCAGCACCUCGUCGUCCAGGUGGAAAGAAGGGAUUUCAGCUGGAGGGCCAGAUGGCAGCCAAAGAUCUGGUCUAUCUUUGAAAAGCCCUUUUCCUCUUUAAGUGCCAAGUGCCUGGCUGUUAUUUCUCUGCUGUUCAUCAUUGGAAUCGUCGUCCUAUUCUGUGAGGAGACGAAGGCACAGUACGAGUACUUUGCUGCUAACCUUACCAUUUUCGGCCAUUCCGAUGUGAUCCACAGCAUCCCUGAGCCUUCUUAUCACCAGGCCCCUUACCUGCUCCACCUGGAGCUGUUCUGUGUCCUCUGGUUCACGUUUGAGUUUUCCAUGCGAUUUUUCUUCUGUCCAGACAAAAAGAAAUUCCUAAGGAAUCCUCUGAAUGUGGCUGAUUUCCUCUCCCUCUUCCCAGUUUACAUUGAACUCUUCACCGCUGAGCAGAUUCAGAAAAUGCCUAGCCUAGCACUUUGGCUGGGUUUUGUCCGCAUAGUCUACCUCCUCAAACUCCUGAAGAUAAUCAAGCUAAUAGAGACCCCUCUGAUCCUGAGAGUCCUGUCCUACACGCUCAGGUCCAUCAUCCAAGAGAUCUGCUUCCUGCUGAUGAUCCUGGCCUUUGAAACCCUCUUCUUUGGUUCUCUCUUUUUCUAUGGCGAGUUGCUGGGUGUUCAUCCUUCUUACCGGGGGGAUUUGCACUUCACAGACAUUAUCAUUUGCUUCUGGUGGGCUCUGAUCACGCUAACCACUGUGGGCUAUGGCGACAUCAUCCCUCUCACCACCUUUGGCCAGGUGAUGGCAGCCUUUGCUGCAAUAUUUGGUAUGUUAACUAUUAUCAUUCCAAUCCCCAUUUUCCUGGUCAAAUUUAAAAGCUAUUAUGCUACUGCCAUAACCAAACAGAAGCUGAAAAUGAGCAAAAAGCAAUAAUGCCAUUGACUUCAGACCAUUGCUGCCUUGGGGCCCUUCAGAAUUAAUUCCGGUGUGCUUUGUUUCCACCGCAUUGUGGGAAGAGCACAUACUCCUAUGAAAAGUCCAUGCCACAUUAAUUAAGUCUUCCCCCUUGCUCCUGUUGGUAUAUUUCAAAUCAAUGUCAAGUACCCAGAUCUGAGUUAUAGCUUUCUAUUAUAGUGGCUAAUGCUCUUUGUGACCUAUCCCUAUAUCAAACAGCACUACACUGACACUCAGUGUGAUCCAAUUAACACUGGAAUCUUACCUAUCCUUUGUCAGAACAAGAUGAGAAAAUUCACUUUGGACAGUUUCAUCAACACACAAGAUUUUUUUUUUCCCACCAGCAGGAAAAAACAAUGUUGUUCACUGUGCAAAACUAUGAUAAGCGAUUCCCAGAGAAUGUGGGGAUGAAGGGUUACAUUAAAGUAUAGACCAAGAAUCUGCAACGUGCUGAAUACUCUCAGCCCCAGUGAUGCCAGUUCAAAGUGGGGCCUAAAGGGAAAAUGUAUGAGGCGCACACCCUUGCACCAGCCUUCUGCACACUUUCUGGGCCUGAUAAUCAGCUGGUGUAAAUCAGUGCAGCUCCAUUGACUUCAAAGGAACUGUGAUAAUUUACACGAGCUGAGGAUAUGGGUCUGUGUGCCUCACAGGGACAGUCACACCUCCAUUUUCGUAGAUGCCCUCUUUAUGGAGAGAAAUGUGUAGCUAACAUCUAAGGGUCAGAUCUUGUGCCGAGCAUCUGCUCCCAGAGGGGGAUCUUUCACCUGUGAGAUCACACCUUGCAUGGAAUGGGGAGAGUCAGCUAUCUCCAUGGCACUGGACCCCACCAAGAGGCUUUUACUGAAUCCUGGUGUUGGGAAGUGGGUGAAGACUGCAUGGACAGUGAGGCAGCCUGCAUUAGGCUAUGGCAGGCUGGGAGGAGAAGAGAUGUAGGGACGUACAUUAUCUUCCCAUCAACCCUGUUACCAGUGGUGGGGAACCUUCCACUUUUAGGAAGGGACCUGGGACAGCUGCAAUUAGAGAAGGGAUCUCAAAUUCAAAUUACCAGGAGGGCUACAUGAAGACAAAUACAUUGGCCCGAGGGCUGCAUCACUGACACUGGCCCCACCCCCCGCUGCCCCUGGCCCUGCCCCCACUCCACCCCUUCCAUGAGGCCCCACCUCUCCCCACCCCUUCCCCGCCCCCAUUCAAACUCCUUCCCUAAAGUCCCCACCCCCUUCCUGUCCCUAUUCCAACCCUUUCCCCAAAUCCCUGCCCCUGCCAUGCCUCUUCUCUGCCUCCUCCCCUGAGCACACGGCACCCCGCUCCUCCCCCCUCCCUCAUGGAAACCGCUAAGUGCCGCCAACCAGCUGUUUGGUGGUGGGAAGUGCCUGGAGGUAGGUAGAGGACCGCGGACGAGGCGCACUGGGGGGGCGGCAGGGGAGGGGAGCUUGGCAGCCACAGGAAAUAACUGGGAUGGGGGCAUAGGAAGCUUGGUGGGCCACAGCAAAAUGUGGCCUGCAAGCCGUGUGUUUGAGACCCCUGAACUAAAAGAAGUCCUUACAGUACUUUUUCACUGGAGUCCAUUGGCACAGGAUCUGGGGGUGGAAACGCAGGUGGCAGAGAAUCCACAAAGUUGGAUGCUGACACACAGCUCCUUCUAGGCAGGGUCAAACUCCCCCAUGGAACAACACCUUCCCCCCAUGAGUUAGACUGCGGGGGGGAAGCAAUCUGGCCCUAAGAAAUUCUGCCCUGUCUUCUCAUAUUUUAUUAAAGAAGCAAAGGAUGUAGUACGUUUUGUCUGAUUUGCCUACACAUAGAGGCCAGUGUGAACUAGUGAACAGAUCUAAAAUCUGCAGUCCUUAUAGUCAAUAUUUUUAGUGAUUUUUUUCCUUUUAAAACUCACUUGACCUGAUUCUGAUCCUCCCACACCCCACUGCCAAUGGGAUAGGAAAAAAACAGUGGGAGAUCAGAAUCAGGCCCAAUAAGUUGGUGCUGCAUUCAGUGUACAAUAAGGGAGCCCUCCAAUGGCAAUUCCCUUGGACAGCAGCCAGAGGCUGCAUAUCCUAGUGGAAAGAGUUUGUUUGAAACUGCAAAAGCAAUCUGUUCUAGUCCAUUGGUGGGGCUGGUUUUUAUGAGAAAUCCUCUGUAUCUUUUAGUGUCCCUGGAUGAAAUCCUGGCUUCAUUGAAAUCAAUGGAAAAUUUCUAUUGACUUCAACAGGAUCAGGAUUUCACUUCCCCUGUUGAAUGGAUCAACACCUGUUCAAUAUCUCAUGAUUUUUAUGUAACCAGAAAAGCUCUACUUUUAAUAAAAAUAAUUAAACAGCACUAUUCUGUCAAGAAACAAAACAGUAUUAAAUAUAAUGUUCAUUACAUUUUAUCUGCCUAUAGAUAUUGUUAUAAACUAGAAAGAUUAAAUUUAUAAUUUUGUAAUCUUUAUAUGCCAUCUAUUCCUAAUUUUUUGCUUUAUAAUAUCCAAUACUGUAUGCUUCUGUUGAGGUAAAGAAACAAGAUCAGAUGUUGUGGCUAUUUCAGCAAAGAUGGACAAAAGUUAUGUUGCUUAGUUGAAGAAAAACAUGUCUUUUAUACUAUUACAUCUGUGAAUUUAAAUCCUAUUAAGACUGUACCUUUAUUAAAAUUUCUAUUACUGUAUGUUCAUCAGUGUGAUUAUG